GUAGAUCGUUGUUGUCUCUCCGACCCUCCUCUCUGUCCUGUCGUCGUCUUAUCCAGAUUCCGGAGCCGAGCGCAGGGAAGACAGUGGGCAUGGCAUGCGGACCAUGAAUAUCCCCAAUCCCAAGAGAACAGAGCAAACCGAAGCAAUGGAAUGAAGCAACAAGGCGAGUGUUGAUCGCCGAUGCGCUGCUGACUGGUUGGUGGCGAGCGAAGCAUGGCCGUGGCCGGAGCCAACGCGUCCUGCUCCAUAGCCGCCGGAGCCUGCCCGUCGUCAUCCGGAUCCUCCUCACUUUUCCCUCACCACCGUCCUAGUCGUCCUCGGCGCCACGGCCGCAUAGGCAUAGCAACCAUCAUGUGCACCAGCAGCAGCAUGCACGGGUACGGCUAUGAUAGCAGCUCCCUUCCGUCCUUGUCCCUGCCAUUCCCAAUCCCAGCGCCGCGCGGCGUCACCAGCACCGGCAGUGGCAGCCGUUUGCGCAUCUUCUCCGGCAGCGCCAACCCGGUGCUGGCGCAGGAGAUCGCGUGCUACCUUGGGAUGGAGCUGGGCAAGAUCAAGAUCAAGCGGUUCGCGGACGGCGAGAUCUACGUGCAGCUGCAGGAGAGCGUGCGCGGCUGCGACGUGUUCCUGGUGCAGCCCACCUGCCCUCCAGCCAACGAGAACCUCAUGGAGCUCCUCAUCAUGAUCGACGCCUGCCGGAGGGCCUCCGCCAAGAACAUCACCGCCGUCAUCCCCUACUUCGGCUACGCCAGGGCUGACAGGAAGAUGCAGGGCCGCGAGUCCAUCGCCGCCAAGCUGGUGGCCAACCUCAUCACGGAGGCCGGCGCCCACCGCGUGCUGGCCUGCGAUCUCCACUCGGGCCAGUCCAUCGGCUACUUCGACAUCCCCGUGGACCACGUCUACGGCCAGCCCGUCAUCCUCGACUACCUGGCCAGCAAGACCAUCUGCCCCAACGACGUCGUGGUGGUGUCGCCGGACGUGGGAGGGGUGGCCAGGGCGCGCGCCUUCGCCAAGAAGCUCUCCGACGCGCCGCUGGCCAUAGUCGACAAGAGGCGCCAGGGACACAACCAGGCCGAGGUGGUGAACCUCAUCGGUGAUGUCAGGGGAAAGGUUGCCGUCAUGGUGGACGACAUGAUCGACACGGCCGGGACCAUCUCCAAGGGCGCCGAGCUGUUGCACAAGGAGGGAGCGCGAGCCGUGUACGCCUGCAGCACCCACGCGGUCUUCAGCCCACCGGCGCUGCAGAGGCUCUCCAGCGGCCUCUUCCAGGAGGUGAUCAUCACCAACACCGUGCCGGUGCAGCACCUGCACAGCUUCCCGCAGCUCACCGUCCUCUCCGUCGCCAACCUCCUCGGCGAGACCAUCUGGCGUGUUCACGACGAUUGCUCCCUCAGCAGCAUCUUCAAGUGAUGACCACAUAUCAUGCAUCCAUGCAUGUUCAUCAGUUGACACUGCCCCAAUAAGAUCCCAUUUUCAUUUUGAAGCUCCAGCACGAGUAUUAUAAUACAUAUAUAUGAUUCACAUCCAUAUAUAUGUUUAUUUCAACGAAUGAAGCUCCUGCAUACAAAAUUAUAUGAUGGGUAUCUUCAAUUCGAAUCCCAAGUUAAAUGA